AUGGUGUCGGUCAUUACUCUUGAUGAUGAACUGCUGUGUAAAUAUUCAUCAUUCAAAAAAACUUAUAGAAUUUUGGCCUAUGCACUGAGCUUUGCUAAUAACACUAGGCUUCAGAAAUCAGACAGGAUAACUGGGCCACUCACUCCACAGGAAUGCCACAACGCUAUCAAAAGGGCAUUUGGCGCAGCUCAACACAGUGAAUAUGGUAAUGAGAUCGCUUUGUUGAAGGCCAGCUCCCCUAUUCCACAUAAUAGCAAAUUAAGGGAUUUGCACCCAUUUGUUGAUGCCGAAGGUAUUUUACGAGUGGGAGGGAGAUUAAUGAAUGCUGAUGUACCAUAUGAUGAGCACCAUCCUAUUAUCGUACCGCCUAAGCAUCAUUUGACAAGAAUUCUCAUUAUAGAUGAACACGAAAAUCUGUUGCACGCUGGGUCACAACUUUUAUUGGCUAUGUUGCGUAGGAGGUUUUGGAUCCCCAAUGGGCGUAACAAAGAGAAGGGAGUUAUGAGGAAAUGUUUAAAAUGCUUUAGGCUUAAGUCCAAGACAGCAGUUCAACUCAUGGGUCAGCGACCUGCAGCUAGAGUAAGCCAGUCUCAUCCAUUCCAGCACUGUGGAGUAGAUUAUGCAGGCCCUAUUGCUGUAAAGCAUGGUGGAAGGCGGAGUAAAGUUACCACCAAGGCUUAUAUUGCUUUAUUCAUUUGCAUGGCAACCAAGGCCAUCCACUUAGAAUUAGUUAGUGACUUGGUAACAAGUUCAGUUUUGGUCGCCCUCAGGAGAUUCAUUGCAAGAAGAGGGAAACCUUCUCACAUGUACAGUGACAAUGGCACCACAUUUGUAGGUGCAGACAGUGAGCUUAAACGUUUUCUCUCUAAUGACGUUACUGUUGAAAGUGUGGUGAAUUUUUCGACCUCAGAAGGAAUUAGUUGGAGGCUCACUCCACCUCGGGCCCCUCAUUUUGGUGGUCUCUGGGAGGCAGGAAUCAAAUGCAUGAAGUCGCAUCUCAAAUGUGUCAUCGGCAAUGCAGUACUGACAUUUGAAGAACUGACUACUGUGUUAAUUCAGAUAGAAGCAUGCUUGAAUUCAAGGCCAUUGUGUCUUCUCUCUGAUGACCUAGAUUCUCCUGCUGCUCUCACUCCUGGUCAUUUCCUAAUCGGACAGCCCCUUUGUGCUCAUCCUGAACCCUCUGUCCUUGAGGUUCCUGCCAACAGGUUGCACAGAUGGCAAGUUGUGCAGCAGUUGCAUCAGUCCUUUUAG